AUUGCAAUAUACUUCUUUGGUAUGACAGUUCUACCAGUGCACAGUAGUUUAAGGUUAACAUCACUAUCACUUCUUAGAUUGCAUACAAUUUACAGAGGUUUCUCAAUUCAAAGCCUAUGCAAUACACGUUUAACUCUUUGACUUUGUGGUCAUUUCAAAGGGAUAUUUAAACAUUUGACUUCCGUAUCAGUCUUGAAGAGUGUACCCCAUAUUUUAUUUCUAAUCGUUGGAUAGCUACUAAGAAUACAGUAUCAGACCAAACGGCUGGCCAAGCGAAGAAUAAAUUGAUACAGGGACAGUAACUCCUGUUCGAGCUGCGGUUAUCUCGCUGACAAACCAACACAAUGGCACAGAGGACGUAUAUUUCUGAGAUUCACGUGCCUAUAAAAAAAGAUGACAUGAGUUUCCAGGACCGACAGAUUAAACAGUGGAGCGAGAUGGAGAACAGGAUGCAGGAACGGAGAAAACUCUGGGAAGAUGAGUUUGAGCGCAUGCGCCAAGAGUUCUUCACGCUCAAACCCACAGGGAAAUCUCCACAGGCACUGACCUCUAUGAACCUGGACACUGGCAUGAAAAGCAUGUUUGAAACUGACGCAGAUGGCGUGCAAAGAUUUAAAGUCAGAUUCGAUGUCACAGAAUUCCAACCAGAGGAAAUACAGGUCAAAGUUCAAGAGAACAAACUGAUUGUGAAUGCCAAACAUGAAGAGAAAUCAGCACAGACGUCAGUAAGCAGAGAAUACAGUCGCCAGGUUGACAUUCCAAGCAGCGUAGACCAAGAAAAAAUGCAAUGCGUCCUAAGUAAAGAUGGAAUACUCAGUGUGGAUGCUCCACUCUCACAGCCAUGUCUGACAGGCAGUGAUGCUAUAUUUCCUAUUAAAAGUGCAUCCCCACUCAAGUCUUUAGAUGUGGCUACACCUGUCAAAAAUCCAAUUGUUACAGAAGCUGAUGGUUCAAGAAAACUUAGACUUCAGGUAGAUAUUGGGGAGUUUAAGCCUGAGGAUGUGGUAGUUAAAACCAUGGACAGGAAACUGAUAGUACAUGCUGAGCAUGAAGAAAAAACAUCUGGUAGAACUUUACACAAAGAAUUUAACAAAGAAUAUGAUUUGCCAGAAUCUGUCGAUCCUUCUACAAUCCAGGCAUAUAUUGCAGAUGACAAGCAGCUGACAAUAGAAGCCCCACUUAAACCUGUCCAAAGAAAACUUUAUUCCGUCACACAAAGCCAAGAUGUCCGUAAGGUAGUUGUUACUAAAGAAUCCUCAGUCACAAUAACUGACGGACAAAACAGGCCUGUGGUCACAAUUAGUGUUCACAGGAAGUGAGAUUGGUCAAUCAGUGAUUUUAACAAAUUAUUUGUGAUUUCAGAAUCAUGAGCAUUAUAUUUUUGUGUAUAUUGACAUGGUAUUAAUAUGAUCUUUAAAGUAAUAUUUUAUUAAGAAUAUAUUAAACUAUUUAUUUAUUUUAUAAAGACUAUAUUUAUCAACUAAAACAUUAAUAUAAAAGUUAAUUGAAUUUCAGCUGCUGUGAAACAAUGGACAAAUAUUUUUUUUAAGUCCUAUUUAAUAAAAUGUACAAAAAGCCAUAUAAUUUAUUUUCAUUUUUUACUUUGGGGUGUGGAGAAAAAUAAAGCCUUUAGAAGCAUGCAUACUUCUAUGCCAUGUAGCUUUUUGCUUAGCAUAUGUAAUCAUUAUUUUGUUUGUUAUCUAAUGAAAAACAAAAGGAAUUUCAAGAUAGUGUCAUAAAAAAGACACUAGCUAAAAGUACAUUGGUUGAAGGUCUCUUCCUAAAGUAGACCUAUUUACAAUUAGGGCUGUGAGCUAAGUUUAUAAGACACUAGCUAAAAGUACAUUGGUUGAAGGUCUCAUCUUAAAGUAGAUCUAUUUACUAUUAGAGCUGCGAGAUAAGUGUAUAAGCUAUAGUCUGAUGUUGUGUUGUAUGGCUGUGAAUACUUCUCAACAGACAAAAAAUGUUAAAACUGGUAUGUCCAUAAUUUUUAGUUGUCCAUUUAUUUAUUAAUUUAUUGUUGUUGUUUUUUUUUCAAUUUAAUUGAUAACUUUUUAAAAAUUUCUAAACUUUUUUUUGCUAUAAUACAGUCACUUCAAAAGGAUGUAGACUGUUUGCUAGUCAUAUUACUGUGUGCUGUCCAAGUGUGUCAUAUUUAAGCACUCAUCACACCUAUUUCUUUUAUCUACUGUUUAUAUUAGUCAAACUGGUAUUUUUGCUUACACUAACAGCCUAUGAGCUUAAAUCAAUAUUUAUAUAUUGGUGAUUAUUAAAGUGUUGUAGUUAUUUUUAUUUUGUUACUUUAAAAAAUAUAGGGAUUGUUUUUUAUUUCACAUAAGUUUAAAGUUGACAGAUCGUAACUUGUCAGAGCACAGAAUACCUUCUGUCAAGACUUCUAGGCCUGAAAUAUUUGUUCAUAGCCCAUUCAUUACAUUUCAACACUAUAUGACUAAAGUUACAAUUUUACUUGUGCUGAACUUCUAUAUUACUGCCGUCUGUGUGUACAAAGAUAAAGAGAUUGUGUUCAUCUUUAAUAAUAAGUGAGAAGCUUCCAUUUAUAAAGGAACAGUUUAUAGACUACAUCCAUUCAUCCAAUUUAUUGGGCUAAAUUAUUUAAUUAAACUAAAAUUUAAAUUUACACAUUUCUUUUUCUUUAUUACAUAUUUUUAUUACAAGGAUGUAUUUAUACAAAAAUGUAUUCUUGCUAUUAAAGCAAAACAUGCCAGUCAUUUUAUAUUAGAAAUUUAUGUACAAAAUGUAUUUAAAUUUUAAACUAAUUUCUUAAAAUUAUUUCCAUAAUCUCUUUAAAAAGGAUGAACAAAUGAUAACUCAGUAUAUUUCUUUACAAACAUUGUUUAUUCCUACUAACUAAUUGUUCAUGUACUCUCAGUGUUCUUCAAGUCUUGCUGAAUAGUUCAUCAGGUGAGAAUGUUUAUCUAGUGCAAUAAUAACAUUAAAAUGUGAUAUUUGAUAAAAAUAUGCAUGUUUCGUUAGAAAAAUUGAGUUUGUUUAACCAUUUGGCUUACAUUGUUUUAUAGCUAUUACAAAAAAAAAUAUGGAUUUUUUUUUUUAAUUUUUUUUUUCUAUUCUCACUGUUGGAAUAAAAAGAAACAAUUUAAUCUUUCUCUGCAAAACAUUUUGAAUAAAAAGAAACAAUUUAAUCUUUCUCUGCAAAACAUUUUGAAUAAAAAGAAACAAUUUAAUCUUUCUCUGCAAAACAUUUUGUAUAAAAUGAGCUUCUUCCAUAAACUUGAAGUCAGUAAAAUUGAUUUGGGGCCUAGUUACUGAGUUGUAAAGGGCUUGGCUUUCAAACUGAGAGGGUCUCAAGUCCAAAUCCUGAGGACUGUGAUUUUAAAUUUCUGGAAUUUUUUUAGUAGGCCUAUAAUCCAGACUCCACCCAACUCUAAUAAGUAUCUGGCAUUUAUGUUGGGGAAGUAAAAGCCAUCAGUUGUUGUGCCAGCCACAUGACAUCCUUGUUAACCCUAGGUGCAGAAAACAGAUGAGCUUUACCAUCAUCUGGCCCCAUAGAUUGCAAAGUCUGAAAAGGGGUAGCUAAAAUUUAUGUGGAAAAGAAGUCAUAUAUUCUAAUGCAUUAAAAUCUGUACUGUUACAUUGAAAUUUAGAAUUAAAUAUUCAUAUAUAAUUUUAAAAUGUUUUAUUCUGGAUAAAUAUUAAGAUAUUAUAACCAGUUUUUUUUUUCCAUCCUGGUUUGAUUCAUAGACUACUAUCUAGGUCUGAAAUAAUGCAAACUUACCCACGUUAUGUCUUCAUUUUGAAUUUGUUUUUAUACAUAAAAAUUGGAAAACUGUUUCAAGAAGUCAUAUACUUCUUAAAAAUUGUCAGUUUUAAUUCAUGGUUAUCAUAAAAUCAACCAGUCUUGCAAACCAUCUUGUUAAAACAGAUUUUUUCUUUCCAUGCCAAUCAAUGCAUAAAUAUUUUUUUUAAGGCAUUAAAGAAAAAAUGAACAUUUUUUCCAAACACGAAUUAAAUAUCCACUAUUAUUCAUAAAACAUUAUGAAUGUAUUGGUCGCUAGUCUGAUGGGAUUCAGGCUGAAAGAAGUGUGCUUGGCGUCAGCUUACUUUUUGAUAUUAUUAUUUCUAUUGGUCGCUACUUAGGUAAUCGUCCAAUGCCUUCUAACUUUUUGAAGGCAUAUUAUGGUUGAAAUAUUGUGCCAAUGUUAUGAAAGUGUGUAAGUUUCAACCACAGACCUAUAUAUAUAUAUAUAUAGGUUUCAACAUUUCAGUGACUUUAUUAGUAAAACAGCUUGUUCUCUAUACCACAUUAUUCACAACAUUGAACCCAUUUUUUUAACAGUUUCUUGUUGCAACAUUAAGUACAAAAUGUAUAGUCAAUUGUGUAAGUUCAAUCUGGCUGAUUGUAAUUCUUCAUGAUUAACUCCUGUAUUCAUUGCUUGCUUAGUAAAUGCGUUUGUGAACUAUGGAAGUAAUGAACAAACUGGCAUCAGUUUAUAAACAUUGCUGAUACCUAUUUCCUUAUUACCUAUAUAUAAUUUUCUACUAAGUCAAUCAUCGGCUUAGACCUAUAUUGCACAUGCAAUAAAUACUCUGACAUAUACAAAAUUAGUAAAUUAAUGUAUUUGUUUAUGUUUUAAAAUUUCAUUGCCUCUUAAAUAGAAAGUGCUUUAAUUUUAUGGGUACCUGUUAUUACUGGACCAAAGAAAUAAAAAGGAUAUUCAGAAUAAAACCUCCAGUGUAUAAGAAAUUAUAUUAAUUAGUUAUAACUUUAAUUAAGUCUGUAUAUAUUCAUUUCAAAAGAAUUUUUAGAUUUUAGACCAAAAUAAUACAGAGAUUUGCUCCAGUAGAUGUAGCUUUGUAUCUGUCAAGAUUUUAUUAGAUAGAGCUGUGACUAGGCCGUUAUUUAGAAUUUUAGAUAGACAUUAUUUGUAUUCUAUUCUAUAUACAAUCUUUUAUUAUUUGUAUUUUUGGUCCUUUUGCUGUAUAUUUUUUCUCCACAACAGACCUUUAGUUGAAAUGAAUGUACUUUUACUGUUUGUCUGAACCAUAUAUAUUUAUAUAUUAUAAUUGUUUUACAAACUUAGCAAGUAUUUCUAAGGAGUUUUGAAACUUAAUGUUAAUUCCUGAUCCAUUUGAUUUCAUCAAAACGGAAUUAAAAACUACAAAAAUA